AUGCUUCUUGAUCGAAAACUGCUUCGUCUCCUCAACUCCCAGACUACAGCUCCCAGCAGCUCCCACCCCUCACCAGGGCCCCAGCGAAGGAGGCCUAGGUGCAACUUCCUUCGGUUGUCUUCAGUGGUUCAUCUGGCACCAGCCAUAUCCACCAGGCCACCAAAGUUUAAUCCCAACAAGAUCAAAAUUGUAUACCUAAGCUGCACUGGUAGGGAAUUUGGUGCCACAUCUGUCCUAGCUUCCAAGAUCAGCUGGGUCUGUCUCCAAAAAAAGGUUGGUGAUGACAUUGCCAAAGCAACCAGUGAUUGGAAGGUUCUAAAGAUUACAAUUACAGUGAAACUGACAAUUCAGUACAGACAGGCCCAGAUUGCGGUAGUAACUUCUGCCUCUGCCCUGAUCAGCAAAGCCCUCAAAGAACCGCCAAGAGACAGAAAGAAGAAAACCUUAACCACAUUGGCCAGGGCUGGAAAUAUCACUUUUGAUGAGAUUGUUAACAUUCCCCAACAGAUGCAGCACCGAUCUUUAGCUAGAGAGCUCUCUGGAACCAUUAAAGAGAUCCUGGGGACUGCCCAGUCUGUGGGCUGCAAUAUUGAUGGCUGCCACACUCAUGACAUCAUAGAUGAUAUCAACGGUGGUGCAGGGGAAUGUCCAGCUAGUUAA